AUGCAUCCUCACCUCUUUGUGGUGAACGACCAUCCCAAGAACCCCUUUUCUGAAGUUGGGAUGGUGUACGUAUAUGUCCAGGAUAUGCAUGUAGAGGUGAUGGAAAAGUUAUUCGAUUGGGCUGGGAGACAGCAGUUGCCAGGGUUGACAGCUGAGCAGGCUCGAUUGGCUGGCUAUGUUGAGAUGAAGCCUGGAGAUUCUGUGUUUGCUAGAGAUAUGUGGGGAUCUGGACAACUGGUAGAUGAUGUAAUUCAGGCGUGGUAUGUGCCCAGUUACAAGAUACGGAAGGAACUUAUCAAUGCAAUUAUCGACUCUCGUGAUGAGCUUCUUGGCCCGAAAGAAUUGUGUACAGCUGAUAAGGCUGUCAAGCUUGGUGAUAGCUAUACUGGAGUGUUGCUAUACCUUGGGCCAAUCCUUCCUCGUAACCUUGCAUCUCCCUCUCCUGGUGCUAAAGUAUACGGUGACGUGUUGACACCACAUCAGCAGAUGCGUAAAAGGGCUGUACAGGCAGCUACUAAAGUUGCCAUACAGUGUCUUGAGACUGGACCUCCAGAGGUAUCAGAGGUGUUGAAACGCAAUGCCGAUGUAAAGAAUUUGCCACCAUUGGGGGCCGAUGACAGCUCAGAUAUUUAUAACUAUACUUAUCCGACUGUGCAGUUGAAUAUUUCGUCCACAAAAAAUGAGGACGAGUAUGCAGAGAGCAACUUCCAAGAAGAUCUUGGAAAAUUUGCGGGCAAUCACAUCGAUAAAGGUGACUGGCCUGGUGCUUACACGGUUAUGAUUGGGGCUUCUGAUCUUGGCCCUGAUGACUAUCCUGACAUCUUCUGCUUAUUUGACAUUGGAAUCUUUGUGGAAAUGGGCAAUAUUCCUUUGCUUUGCUUUGGAGGUGUACGCCAUCAUGGUGGCACUCCUCCUACUUCUUCCAACCCUUCCGGUGAUUCUUACCGAGUGGCAUUUAUCAACUAUCCUCCAAAGAGUCAGAUGGAGGAUCAUGCUCUUCUUGGACUUGCAGCCAUGCCUGAUCACAAGCUGCUGACUUUACGGCCCGAAAUGAUCGACCCGCAUUAUGACAAUACGGACAUCGUCUAUAUGAAUGAGGCCAACUGGGCAACCGACGGCUUGGCAUUGAGUGAUCGCAAAGCCUUUUUUCACUUUUAUACAAGAGGCAUUGCCCAGCGAAGAUGGACGUUAACAAGUUCCUGGAUGGAGGUUGAUGGCGAACAUGUUACGCCUGGCCCUUGGGAGCUUGGUCCUGGUUCUACUGCAUACUUGGAGACUUUUGAAACUACUCGCGCUGAUGCGGUGAAGUCUUGGGACCAUCUAGCGAAGACUCGAGCUGCAUUUAUUCCUUAUCUUGCUGAAAAGAAGAAGGGAGGGGCUGGUAGUGACUCUGACUCUGAUGAGGAGCCCGCAGCAACUGGUGAUAUUGAAGCAGUCAUCGUGCCUGCUAAGCCAAGUGGUCGACCUUUACCUAAGAACAUUGAGCAGCAUAUUUCUGAUGGCUAUGAGCCUGACAAGGAUGACAAUGAUGAAGACAACUAUGAUCAAGAGCCUAGGAACACUGAACAGACACCUCAGACUCGAAAGAAGAAACAACCUUCACGCAAAGUCUUGGCAUCUUUUUAUGUUUAUGAUGAAUCUGUAGAAGAGAGAGAGCAAGAUCCAAUGAAUAGUGACCAAGUGACAGAAAGUGAAAAUGAUUCAGACAUUGAUGACACCGUUCAUACGGCAGUGCUCUCACUCUUCAAAAAGCGGAACAUCAAGGCAUCUCAUUCAGAAUUCAGUAAUAUUCUCCAAGGCAUUCAACAGCAGUCUCAUCAAAAAUAUGUCACUGCUCAGCAAAAGCUCACUCGUUUCCUUAACAAGUUCAAUGGUCAGCAGCAUCCCAAUGCUCAGUUUGCAGUUUCCAUCUCUCAAAUAUGGGAGUCAAUGGAGGUUCUCUCUAUCAAAGGCAAAGUCAUCUCAUUGGAGAACAUUCUUGCGCAGAAGCAGAUCAUGCUGUCUAAUGGUGUUGCCUGGCAUUGGCUGAACGUCAUCUGUCUCCAGCGUUGUCAGGAACUCUUUGAACCUCUUCAUGCAAGGAAACUUGUAACCUCAUCCGAUUGGUUUACCUCUCUUACUAUCAAGAUCUACCAGCACUUCGAGAUUUCUCGCCGCUCCAGUAACACACUAAAUCCCUCGACUUAUCUUCCUGGUCUUCCAAAGUCGAUUCAACCUUGGAAGCUGCCUGUUACCAAUGCUCUUAAUGGUGAUGCUGGAGACUCAUGUUCUCAGCACACUGCACUCAGUCCUAUGCAGUUGGCUUGGUUAUCCAAAUGA